CUGUUAGCACGACUGGGAAGCUAAAAACAGUCCCUGCUUCCUUGCUACUAAUUUGGUUUAGUAAUGUUACCGCAUUUUGUUCACGUACGAAGAGUUGCCUUCGCAGACUAGUCUCGGACACAUAACUCGUUUUCGAAAGCGUUCAACUAUAAAAUAGUUAAAUUAGCUCGCUGGCUGGAUGUGUUGAACCUCGUCCUGUGCUGUGCUCAUCUUUCCAUUUGCAAGGAUGGAUGGUUACUCCGGAGUCAUUGACGGCGAUUCAACUAAACAGCAAGAAAGACAUUACUACCUGUUAUCUGAGCUGCAAACCUUAGUCAAAGAUUUAUCAAGCUCCUUCCAGCAGCGCCUGUCCUACAACACGCUAAGUGACCUGGCUCUGGCACUCAUAGACGGGACAGUGUAUGAGAUUGUGCAGGGCCUCCUGGAUAUUCAGCAUCUGACAGAGAAAAAUCUGUACAACCAAAGGCAAAAGUUGCAUGGUGAACACCAAGCACUCAAACAAGAUCUUGUUCGAAAACACAAAGAUGCUCUGCAGUCGUGCAAGUCUCACAACCUUGCACUUCUCAAAUCAAACCAACAAGCAGAGCUCGAGGCUCUGGAAGUUCGUGUGCGGGAGGAGCAAAGAAUGAUGGAUAAGAAGAUUGUGGCAGAAAUGGAUCAAAAAGUAAUUGACCAGCAGAACACUCUGGAGAAGGCAGGAGUUCCUGGGUUUUAUAUCACCACUAAUCCUCAGGAGCUGACAAUGCAGAUGAACCUACUUGAACUGAUCCUCAAGCUACAACAAAAGGAGUCACAAUCCUGAGUAACACGAGAAAGACACAGAGUUCCAAAUGUGUCACAAGUCAAGUUAUUCAGUGGCCACGGAUGCAUCGACAAUGCUAUCUCUGAGAAGCAACAAGUUCAGACACAGAGUUUUGAACAGAAGUUGUCUGAGUGUAAGUAUUGGCAGUGUUAUAAAUCUGCAAGAGAAAGUUGGUUCAAGUCCUGGAGGAGAGACGUAGGACACUGUGACAACUUAAAUGCUUUUCUCACAUUGUGCAAUUAGGAAGACCCAUUGCAUACAUGUUCCAGGACACAAAGAGAUGAAGACAGAUGACUUAAACUGGUGUUAAAGCUGUGGCAUUCUUACAGUGUGAUGGUCGCCUACAAACCACCAAAGACCCACAAAUGUCUCCCAAUGUCUUUGGAGCAGUUUGCAACGUUUCAUGUGGAAAGGGAAGUUUUAUUGAUUUAUGUGCCCAUUUUUGAGCGACAGUAAUGUCGACACAUUAAAAUCAAAGCUGGACUCUUCAAAAUUCCAAAUGUUAUUGCUGUUUGUUGGCGGUAUAUCGGUUCUUUAUUUAUGGCCUCAUUGUGCUGAUUUAAAAUGUGUAAAAUAUAAAGGAGGUGUGAAAC